AUGUCUGACGAUGACGACUUCAUGCAAGACUCCGGCGAGGAGGAGUACGACUUCGAGUACGAGGACGACGAUGACGAGCAGAGCGGCGACGUCGACAUCGAGAACAAAUACUACAAUGCGAAGCAGCUAAAGGCCGACGACCCCGAGGCAGCCAUAGACGAAUUCCUGGGGAUGCCCGCGCUAGAGGAAGAGAAGUCGGACUGGGGCUUCAAAGGGCUGAAGCAGGCAAUCAAGCUCGAGUUCAAGCUUGCCCGCUACGACAAGGCUGUCGAACACUACAAGGAGCUUCUUACAUACGUCAAGUCGGCCGUCACGCGUAAUUACUCGGAGAAGUCCAUCAACAACAUGCUCGACUUUAUAGAAAAGGCCGCAGAAGACACCGACGCAUAUCGCUGCAUGGAGAACUUUUACGCCCUGACCCUCGACAUCUUCCAGAGCACCAACAACGAGCGGCUCUGGCUAAAGACAAACAUCAAGCUGGCGAGGCUAUGGUUGGAUAGGAAAGACUACCGUCAGCUUACGGAGAAGCUCCGAGAGUUACACAAGGCCUGUCAGAGGGAGGAUGGAACAGAUGACCCGAGCAAAGGCACAUACUCAUUGGAAGUCUACUCGUUGGAAAUUCUCAUGUAUGCCGAGACCAGGAACAACAAGCGGCUAAAGGCACUAUACCAGCGAGCGCUCAAGGUCAAGUCUGCAGUUCCGCAUCCCAAGAUUAUGGGCAUCAUCCAGAACUGGAAAGGCGCGCAGAGUGACUUCUUUGAGAGUUUCAAAAACUACGAUGAGGCUGGAUCACUCCAACGAAUACAGGUCUUGAAGUACCUGGUUCUCGCGACCAUGCUAUCGGGUUCAGACAUCAAUCCGUUUGAUUCGCAGGAGACCAAGCCCUACCAGAAUGACCCGCGCAUCUCCACUAUGACGGAUCUAGUCAACGCCUAUCAGCUAGAAGACAUUCACGGCUAUGAGAAGAUCCUGCAGAACAACCAGGAUUUGCUGCAAGAUCCGUUCAUCGCCGAGAACAUUGACGAAGUUACGCGUAAUGUGCGCACCAAGGCGGUCGUCAAGCUUGUCGCACCCUACACCCGCUUCACACUAGCCUUUAUCUCGAAGCAGCUCAAGAUCUCACUUGCCGAAGUGCAGGAAAUCGUAGGCUUCUUGAUUGUUGACAAGCGGUUGCGCGGCAAGAUCAACCAACAGAACGGAACGGUGGAGAUUGAAAGUAGCACAGACAUGGACAGGGUGCAAGCGAUGAAGGAGUGGAGCAGCGCCAUCGGAUCCCUAUGGCAGACGGUGCUGAACGAGGGCGAAGGUUUCAAGUCGGACGAGAGCGGUUCGCAGUUCACGCCUGGUGGUGGCGGGCCCCAAGGCAUGAGCGGCUGGAACUCAAGCUCGAUGGGGGGCAAGUCUGGUCGAGGCAAAGGCAAGGGUCCAGGACGCCUCCCGGGGGUAGUGAGCAAAGGAUGA